AUGUCCUCUCGUUAUCUGCCACUCGUUGGCGCUACCUUCCUCGCCCUCGCCACGGCGCAAAACACUGCGUCGCUGGCCAUCACAGCCCAACCAACCUCGGGCGUAUCAGGCAUUAUCAGUCCCUCCUUCGCCGGCUUUGGCAUUGAAUCCUCGAAUCUCUUCUCCUUCACCGGCGGCAGCAACGAGAAUAAAUUGUCCCAAAAUCUGUUGGAGAAUUUGGCAAACUAUACUGGCACUCCGCCGCAUCUGCGCAUUGGUGGUAACACUCAGGACUACUUUGUGUGGAACGAGUCUCAGAGCGACUAUGCUUGCGAAUCCAAUCCCCAUAGCGUGGGCCAGGGGGUCUAUGCCUCGGACUCCAUGGUCGUAGGGCCACGGUUUUUCGAGGUCAUCAAUCGCUUUCCGAGCGAUACACCGAUCACUUUUGGGCUGAACUUGGCUUAUGAAGAAUCCGACUACAUCCAGCAGAUCACAGCUAUGGCGACCCAGGCCGUGGAGCGGUUGACCAAUGUCAAUCUGGUGUCCUUGGAAAUCGGCAAUGAACCAGACUUGUACUUGCAAAACGGAUUCCGGACGGGUUCUUGGGGCGGCCAGGUCUAUGCUCAGCAGUGGCUGGAUCGCGCAGGUGCUAUCUGGGAGCAAGUCCUUAAGCCCAAAGGCCUUCCCAGUAAUUUCUUCGAGCCAGGCACCACUGCCUCCACCAUCGGUACCACCUUUCAAAUCCAGGAUCUGGACAGCUUGGGCAUCACCGUUCACGCCAAUGGCUCGUCAGAAUCCUACAUAGCCAGCUGGAACCAGCACGACUACUACUACUAUAUUGGAGUGUCGUCCUAUCCCCUCACCCAGUACCAUUUCAUGACGUUGUCCACGACGAAUGACCAAUUCGCCGCGUGGGAGGAACAGAUCUCCCAGGCUCAGAACACAGGCUAUCCAUAUGCGUUACGCGAAAUGGGUGUGGUCGGUCCCAUUGGGAUGGAGGAUAUGACCGACGUCUUCGGGGCGUCUCUAUGGACCCUGAACUUCCUUUUCUACGCGGCAAGCCUCAACAUCUCUUCGGUCCAAAUGCACAUGACGGACAAUAGUAAUGCCAGUGCAUGGCAGCCGAUCGAAUACUACGGCAAUCAGCCCUUUGUCCGGCCCAACUACUACGCCUUUGCUGCGUUCGACCAGACGAUAGGCCCAACAUGUCAAGCCCAGGUUGGUGGUUUCGUUCUGCACAAUAUGAGCGAACAAUAUGGCGGCCGGUCAGCGGCGUACUCUGUGUAUCAAGAUGGCACCUUAGCCUCGAUCGUGCUGAUCAAUUCCAACCCAGCAAACGUUUCGGAAGCCAACAAACCGAGCCUGACCUUUGAACUGACAUUGCCCACUCAGUUCGCAGGGCAGGACUUGUACCUGGCUUACCUCACCAGCGAUGGCGCUGACGCAAAACAUGGCACAACCUGGAACGGCAUCAGCUACGAAGAGAGUGGUGACGGGACGCCGACGAGAGUGAACAACACCGUCGAGACAGUCACCAUUGGUCACGGCGGAUCUGUCAAUGUGACGGUGCGUGAUAGUCAAGCCGUCAUUGCCAACAUCGGUUCUCCUGUCGGCCAGCUGUCUCCCAACCACAGUGCUUGCCAGGCCCUGGCAUCGAAAACCCCUGACGCCAAACCGGUCUCGAGUCCCGUUGGAACCAGCACGGCGAACAGCGCGUCGUCCACUCAUACCAACACUGCCUCGAGGACCGCCAGCAGUGCACGGGCAAGCAGCACUAACGGCGUGUCGAGCCUCUCUACAAUGCUUUUGGGCACCGUCUCUUCAGCAUUCUUGACCGGUGUUUAUUUGCUUUCAGUAUAA